UUGAGAAAGAGGAGGGGGGAAAGGAGGAGGAGGUUGAGUUGGAGGAGGACGACCUGAUGUUCGAGGAGGACUUUGAGACGGGCGGGGAUGGAGAUGGAGAGAUGACUGGGGACGAGGUGGAGGAGGGAGGAGAGGGGCAAGAAGGGGAUGGAGAAGUAGAGGAGGAGAGCACCAAAAUGAAGAUCCUUCGUCAGAUAGCGGCGAUGGCAUCCAAAGUCAAGGAGAUCAUUGGGAAUCUUAUUACUACGGCAGGGAAAGUAGUGGUCACCAUUCUUCUGGGCCUUACAGGCAUCAUGCUGCCCUCCCUGACCUCUGCGGUCUACUUCUUCACCUUCCUGGGCCUGUGUACCUGGUGGUCCUUCUGUCGGACAUUCCACCCACUCAUCUUCAGCUGUCUGUGUGUCCUCAUGGCCAUCUUCAGCGCUGGUCACCUGGUGACUCUCUACCUCUACCAGUUCCAGUUCUUCCAGGAGCUCAUCCCACCCGGGGAUAGCUACGCCAGUCUGUUUGGAAUCUCGUCGGUGGUCCAGACUGACUGCUCCCACACCUGGAUGUUCCGGGUCAACCCGGCGCUGUCCUGGCACCACUAUGUCAACCCCAUCAUGCUGCUGUUGCUCUACUACACCCUGGCCACACUCAUACGCUUCUGGCUGCAGGACCCCACAGACACGGAGCCUGGUGAGGGCGAAGGGGGAGAACUGGGUGAAGGGGAGGAGCCUAUGGUUGAUGACAUCACCUCCACAGCAGAGAAGAGGAGAGAAGUGUGGUGCAUGGCUCACCAAACAGAUGACAGAAACCUUCUUUCAACCCAAGACGGAUACAGCACAUCUGAGGUUUUGAUCGUAACCUCCAACGGGUCUCCUCCGGACUAUGUCCACACCAACGGGCUGCUGGGGCUGGACCUGCACUCCACACCGCAGUACAAACCAGGCCAACCAGGGCCAGAUCUGGGGAGUGUGUAUGAGGUGGUGGUUGUGCAGGGUGAAGGUUUGAAAGAAGAGAUGGAUGCAGGGGCGAUGGCGUGGGCGACUGCGCCGGGGGAAGGAAUGGCGCGAGCUAAUGCGGUGGUCACGGCCUUCAGGUUCAUCAUGAAGCAAAGCUACAUCUGUGCUCUCAUUGCAAUGAUGGCGUGGAGUAUCACUUAUGUCAGCUGGCUGACCUUUGUGUUUCUCAUCUGGUCCUGCACGCUGUGGAUGGUGCGCGACCGCCGUCGGUACACCAUGACCACCUCCCCCUUCAUGGUGUUCUAUGGGAACCUGUUGAUCAUCCUACAGUAUAUCUGGAGCUUUGAGCUCCUCCAACCCGUGCCCGGGCUUUUCUUAAAGAAAGAGGUGCCCUUCCGGGAACUGGGCUCCAAGAUGCUGUGCCUGCUGAGUUUCUGGCUGCUGCUGAGACAGGCGUUGACAGAGAGGAAGGAGAGCCAGAGAGAAGAGGAGGUGCUGUCGGACAUCAGGGUCAUCCAUACCCACAAGAAGGAGGACAAGGAGGUGAUGGAUGAGAGCGGUGGACACAGAGAGAUGAUGCAGGUGCUAGGCAACACGCUCAUGGCCAUGUUGAACAAGUACUGGAUCUAUAUCUGCGGAGGGAUGUUCUUCUUCGUCAGCUUCGAGGGACGCAUCGUCAUGUACAAGAUCAUCUACAUGAUGCUGCUUCUCUUCUGCGUGGCCUGCUACCAGGUGCACUAUGAGUGGUGGAGAAGCAUGCUGAAGUACUUCUGGAUGUCUGUGGUGGUGUACACCAUGCUGGUCCUCAUCCUGAUCUACACCUUCCAGUUUGACUCCUCCAUCCACGUCUGGUUCAACAUGACCGGCAUGAGCAAGGACAAACUGGAGGACCUGGGUCUGGAGAAGUUCUCUGUCCCGGCUCUGUUCACGAGGAUCUUCAUCCCCACCUCCUUCCUGUUGGUCUGCAUCCUCCACCUGCACUACUUCCACCAGCGCUUCCUCCUGCUCACUGACAUCAAGACGGUGGCCGACAAACAGAAGAGCACGAUCACCAGGCUGGUGCACCUAGAUGGCAGUCUGGCAGAUAUCUCUCUCAUCAAACCCACCCUCACUGUGACCACCAAAGACGAGGAGGCUGGGGAGAAGGUGCAGCUGGAAGAGGAAGAUGGGAAGGAGGAGGAGGAGAAGAAGAGAAGUUAUGAGGAGGAAGAGGUGGAGGAAGAGGAGGAGGAGAAGAGGUAUGAAGAACCCCUGGAGCACUGCAUCAAGGCGGAGUCCCCGUUCGACGAGAUGUCAGAUCUGAGGAGUAAGUGGUAUCUGGUGGUGGACCGCCUCACGGUGCUCUUCCUCAAGUUCCUGCAGUACUUCCAGCAGCUGCAGCUGACCGUCUGGUGGCUCCUGGAGCUCCACAUCAUCAAGAUCGUCUCCUCCUACAUCAUCUGGGUCUCAGUCAAAGAGGUGUCUCUGUUCAACUACGUGUUCCUGGUGAGUUGGGCAUUCGCCCUGCCCUUCGGUCAGUUCAGGCCCCUGGCCUCCAGUGUCUGUACCGUCUGGACCUGUGUCAUCAUCGUCUGCAAGAUGCUCUACCAACUCACCUCUAUAAACCCCUCUACAUACUCGAAGAACUGCUCCAUGCCUCUGAACUACACGGAUAACCAGAGGAGUGAGAUGGCUCACUCCCUGCUCUACAGCGCCCCUGUGGACCCAGCCAACUGGGUGGGUCUCCGCAAGUUCUCCCCCCUACUGGAGAACCUGAGGAACAACCUGUUGAUUCUGGCCCUGCUGGCGUUCGAGGUGACCAUCUACCGCCACCAGGACCUGUACCGCAUGAGAAACAAGCUCACCACGCCCGUCACCAGAACCAUCUUCCACGAUAUCACCCGGCAACACCUCGACGACAGCAUCGUCAACGGUGCCAAGUACUUCAUCAACUACUUCUUCUACAAGUUCGGCCUGGAGACAUGCUUACUGUUGGCGGUGAACGUGAUUGGCCAGAGGAUGGACUUCUACGCCAUGCUCCACGCUUUCGGCCUGAUCGCAGUCAUCUACCAACGGCGCCGGAAGGCCAUCGCUGACACCUGGCCCAAGUACUGUUGUUUCCUGGCCUGCAUGCUCACCUUCCAGUACUUUGUCUGCAUUGGCGUCCCCCCGGCCGCCUGCAAAGACUACCCAUGGAGGUUCCCCUCAUCCUCCACAGACUCCAACGUCAUCAAGUGGCUGUAUUUCCCUGACUUCCACACCAAGCCCAACCCCCUGUUCCUGCUCUAUGACUUCAUGCUGCUGCUGUGUGCCUCGCUGCAGAGACAGGUGUUUGAGGAGGAGAAGGAGGAAGCAGUGCGCCUCCUGGCCGGUGACAACAUGGAGAUCUGCAGGGACCUGGACUCAGCCUCCUUCAGUCAACACAACCCCGUCCCAGACUUCAUACACUGCAGAUCCUACCUGGACAUGCUGAAAGUGAUCAUGUUCAGCUACCUCUUCUGGUUCGUGCUCACCAUCAUCUUCAUCACGGGCACCACCCGCAUCUCCAUCUUCUGUAUGGGCUACCUGGUGGCCUGCUUCUACUUCCUGCUCUUUGGGGGUGACCUGCUGCUCAAGCCAAUCAAAAGCAUCCUGCACUACUGGGAUUUCCUGAUCGCCUACAACGUGUUUGUGAUCACCAUGAAGAACAUCCUGUCGAUACUGGCCUGUGGAUACAUAAAGUCCCUGGUCACCAAUCACUGUUGGCUCAUACAGCUGUUCAGCCUGGCCUGCACUAUAAAAGGCUAUUCUAAACCUGAGCAACAGGCCAACAAGCAUUGUGAGUUGCCUAGCGACGAGGCAGGCAUCAUCUGGGACAGCAUCUGUUUUGCCUUCCUGUUGCUACAGCGACGCGUAUUCAUGAGCCACUACUUCCUACACGUGGUCGCCGACAUUCGCUCCUCACAGAUCCUCGCCUCCAGAGGGGCUGAGCUGUUCCAAAGCACCAUAGUGAAAGCUGUAAAAGCCAGGAUCGAAGUGGAGAAGAGGUCCAUGGACCUGCUGAAGAGACAAAUGGACCGUAUCAAGAGUCGACAGCAGAAGUUCAAGAGGGGGAAGGAGAGGAUUUUGAGCUUGGUGCAGGAGAGCGGAGACGCAGGCCACGGACACAGCAAGGACGAGGAGGAGGAGGAGGAUGAAGAUAAAGAAAUGAGCAGAGAGAAGAAAAUACAGCGGUGGUGGAGGCCGUGGGUGGACCAUGCAUCCAUGAUGAGAAGUGGUAACUAUUACCUGUUUGAGACGGACAGUGAAGAAGAGGAAGAGGAGGAUAAAAAUGAGGAAGAGCAGCCCAAGAAGUCUGCAUUUCAGUUUGUUUACCACGCCUGGAUGACCAAUUCCAAGACGGCCAUGAAGGAGCGCAGCAAGGAGAAACGCCGCUUCUGGAAGAAAUACACUGAAGGGAGCAGCAGCAAGUCAAGGACAGAGGACCUGGAGGAAGCAGUUCAUGUUCCUAUGGAAGAGGAGGACCAGGAGGAGAUGAAAACAGAUGGAUCAGACAACAUGCUGAAGCGAGUCUUCAACAUAGUCAAGUUCUCCUGGGUGUUGUUCCUGGCCAUGUUGGACAGUUUCACAGCCUGGAUCAACUCCAUGUGUCAGGAACACCUGGACAUCUCCACCGUGCUACGCAUCGAGCGCUGUAUGCUCACGCACGAGGUUAACAAGGGGAACAAGCCUUCCCGGGAGAGCAUCCACGUGUACUACCGCAAGCAAAUGUGCAAGGCUGCGUCCAUUGAGUCGGGCCUGGAGAGAACCGAGGAGGAGACGUGCCAGGACUGCAUCCCCCACAAGGCUGAGAGCUGUGCCUGUCUGGAGAGCCAAGAAUCUAUGGCGUCUCAUGAUAGCCUGUCCAGUGCGUACACAGAGAGCACACUGCUCUACUCCUGUCGCUCCACUCUGGACCACACUGACAUGGGUCCUGACAACGUACAGGUGCCCAAGACCAGCGAGCGUGCCCGUCCUAAACUCUGCAAGAUGGAGGGGCUGGACCUAAAGUCCACCUCUUCAGCUGACAGCAGAGGCAGCCAGGCCAGUGAGCACAACCAGUGUACAGCCCUCUGUUCCCGCCAGGGGACCACCGACACCAUCGAGGAGACAGGAGAGGAGCCAGACCAGGACCUCCAAGACCCCCACUCCUCCUGCACUGAGACCCCAUCCACCUCCACCUCCAUGUGGCUGUACAUGGAACAUGAGGGGGUUCUUCUCUCCAGGUCCAGGGGUUUGAACUGGGACAGUAGGGACAGCGUCCCGGAAGUCAAACAGACAGGGUUGGAGAGAGGACCGUGCUACGCCCACCACAGUGACCUCCAGCUCUACCAGGCAGACCUCCCCAGUACAGACACAGACAUCCCACCCUCAUACAGCAGAGCUACAGGCCUGGACAGGGAGGGGGCCUCGUACAGCAGAGCUACAGGCUUGGUCAGGGAGGAGGCUGAACGGGCCUCAUCCAUUAGGGCCCAUCAUAAGAAGAGGUUGGUUGUGGUGACACCUGACGAGAAGUCUGAUUUUCUGUCGGGCGUCACGAGUGGCACGUUUCCCUCGCUCACCCACGAGCUGACAGCCAGCGAUCUGCUACGCAAUAGGAUGUUCUACGACGAGGAGUUGGAGGAUUCAGAGCGUUUCUACGGCGAUCAGCCGGCCCUGCUCCAGCUGCUCUAUGCUCUGUACAACAUGCUGGUGGCCCACUCAGAGAUGGUGUGUUUCCUGGUCAUCAUCCUCAACCACAUGAUCUCAGCGUCCGUGGCCACGCUCAUCCUUCCCAUCUUCAUCUUCCUCUGGGCCAUGCUGUCUGUCCCCAGGCCCAGCAAGCGUUUCUGGAUGACCGCCAUCGUCUACACAGAGGUCACCAUUGUGAUCAAGUACUUCUUCCAGUUUGGUUUCUUCCCCUUCAACCAGAACAUUGAGCUGGACAAGUCCAAACCCUUCCAUCCUCCCAACAUCAUCGGUGUGGAGAAGAGGGAGGGAUACGUGCACUAUGACCUAGUUCAGCUGCUAGCUCUGUUCUUCCACCGAUCUAUUCUCAAGUGUCACGGGCUGUGGGAUGAGGACAACCCCAGGGGAGGAGGGGGGGAAACCCCCAAGCAGCACCACCAUGAGAGGGAGAAGAGGACCAGCUCCAGGCCAGUGGAGAAGCAGGCUGCGGAGGGCAGCAGCUCCCUGCUGGAGUCGGUCCGCAACCGCAUACCCCGACAAUUCCACUCCAUGUCCACCUCCACCCCGCUGCGCCGCAAGAGCUCCAGCUCCGCCUCCCACCUUUCCCAGCGCACCGUGCGCUCCGCCCACUCCAAAGGAGAUAGUGUGAGCUCGCGGCCUGGCUUGCGGAGAGGGCACAGCUUGCGGAGAGGGGACAGCCUGCGGAGAGGGGACAGUGUGCUGAGUGUCCAGCACAGGAGCAAGAAGGAGAUGAUCCUGGAGAAACUCAGAGAGCAGCUCAUCAAAGCCAAGAGCUUCACUGUCAAAAAAACUCUGGAGAUCUACAUUCCCAUCUGUCAGUUCUUCUACAACCUGAUCCACCCAGAGUACAGUGCAGUGACAGACGUCUAUGUGCUGAUGUUCCUGGCCGACACAGUGGACUUUAUCAUCAUCGUCUUCGGCUUCUGGGCAUUUGGGAAACACUCUGCGGCAGCUGACAUCACUUCCUCCCUGUCGGAAGACCAGGUUCCCGAAGCCUUCCUGGUGAUGGUGCUGAUCCAGUUUGGCACCAUGAUCAUCGACCGAGCCCUCUACCUCCGCAAGACCGUCAUGGGAAAAGUCAUCUUCCAGGUCAUCCUGGUGUUCGGCAUCCACUUCUGGAUGUUCUUCAUCCUGCCUGGAGUCACAGAGAGACGGUUCAGUCAGAACACAGUGGCCCAGCUGUGGUACUUCGUCAAGUGCAUCUACUUUGGCCUGUCGGCCUAUCAGAUCCGCUGUGGCUACCCCACCCGCGUCCUGGGCAACUUCCUCACCAAGAGUUACAACUACCUCAAUCUUUUCCUCUUCCAAGGGUUCCGCCUGGUCCCGUUCCUGACGGAGCUGCGAGCGGUGAUGGACUGGGUGUGGACGGACACCACCCUCAGCCUGUCCAACUGGAUCUGUGUAGAGGACAUCUACGCCCAUAUCUUUGUCCUCAAGUGCUGGAGGAUGUCAGAGAAGAGGUACCCCCAGCCUCGCGGGCAGAAGAAGAAGAAGGUGGUGAAGUAUGGGAUGGGAGGUUUGAUCGUCAUGCUGCUCAUCUGCAUUGUUUGGUUCCCGCUGCUCUUCAUGUCACUGGUCAAGUCAGUGGCCGGGGUGGUCAACAAACCUCUGGACGUGUCGGUCACCAUCACCCUGGGAGGCUUUCAGCCCAUUUUCACUAUGAGUGCCCAGCAAAAUCAACUGAAGGACAUUAGCAAAGCAGAUUUUGCAGACUUCAUGAAUUCAUACAACUACAUUCCAUCAGCGAUGCAGUUCCUGGAGGCCUACACGUCAGCGGACGUGGCUGUGGCGGAGCUGGAGGGCAGUUCCAACUCCCUGUGGACCAUCAGCCCCCCCAGCAGGAAUAACCUGAUGGACGUUCUCAGCAAGGAGGAAUACUUCCCUGUCACCAUGUCCUGGACCAUCCAGAGGAAUCUCAGUCUUGGAGCCAAAGCUGAAGUUGCGACAGAUAAACAUAUAACAUACCUUGAUAUGACAACGCGACAAGAGUUAAUAGAUCUGCUGAAUGGGACCAGAAACCAGGCUGUGGUGAUAGAACAAGUCUUCCCAUGCUUCCUCAGAGCUCCCAGUGACUCCAAUGCCAAACCUAUAGAACAACUCUAUAAAGACAAUAGCUACAAGAACAUCCUGCUAGCCCUGGAGAGAACCCACAACAGCAGUGGAGAGAUCCAGGAGUGGUGGAUUGUAGACCAGCCGUCGGCGGGACAGAUCCAGAUGAGGGGUGCGGCAGUUGGGAAGAAGAGAGAGGCGGGCCUCCAGCUGUACGUGUUUAGUGACAAAGUCAGCCCGCCCAGUCUGGGCUUCCUGGCAGGAUAUGGGAUCAUGGGUCUCUACGCCUCGGUGGUGCUCGUCAUCGGAAAGUUUGUGCGCGAGUUCUUCAGCGGCAUCUCGCACUCCAUCAUGUUUGAGGAGCUGCCCGCCGUGGACCGCAUCUUGAAGCUGUGUACCGACAUCUUCCUGGUCAGAGAGACGGGCGAGCUGGAGCUGGAGGAAGACCUGUAUGCCAAGCUCAUCUUCCUGUACCGAUCACCAGAGACUAUGAUCAAGUGGACCAGGGACCAGAAAACAAAGUGAGAGAGCCACCUAGUAGGCGACAGAGACAUGAAGUCUCAGAAUGAUAGAUUUUUUUUUUUUUUAAAGCACAAUCCAGCAGGAAGUUCCAAGCUAGCUUGUUGCGCUCCCUGUCUUUUGGUGUGACUGUGAUAAGAACCAUCUCCCUAUCGAGCCUACAGUGAAACAAUGUGACUGCAGAAGCAGUUUUUUGUUUGUACUCUUUAAGUGCAUCUCUAAAGAUUUGCAGCCAUCAGUCAGUCAGUGUGUUAGAGAUGACACAGACGUCUGGCCUUUUUCCUUUUGGGAAACAUGAACCAUGGGUUGUGCAAUAUACUGUCCAGAUAGUUGGCUGUGAACUUGAACAGACAUGUUAUCUUGAGCUACACGGAAGAGAAGGGGGCAGCGACAGAGACACUAGCCACUUCUAUUGUCCAAGAUAUUUUCCCUUACAGUAGCCUACUGGAUGUGCUUUGACUUUUCCAGCAAGACAACAGCGAGAGGUUUGGGACAAGGAAAACAAGUUAAGAUACUUUGCCGUUAUUGUGAUGUUUCUGAAGAGUAAUCAAUGGAGCUGUCGUUCUCAGGAAAUGUAUAUCAUCUCACCAGAAUGGGAAUACUUUUUUACCUGUAGGACACCUAGGAGAAACUAAAAAGGGAAAAACAGUGAUGUGAUGAACACUGAGUAUUUCUAUCAUAUCAUGGAGUAUGUUCAUGUUCACUGAGUAUUUCUAUCAUAUCAUGGAGUAUGUCCAUGGAACCCCUAUGAAGACCUGUGAUUUGAGAAUAGGAGGGCGUCAAUUCAGCCAUUCUUUUUUAAGCUUGUAACCUGUAUUGCUUGAACC